UUCAGCGACAUCUGGCAUAUAAAAUAACAGUAACUCACGUAGUGUUUAACGCAUUGUGAUAAAUUUUUCGAUGUAAUUAUUUUAUACUAUUUACACUCGAGACGCGAAUGAUGGAGGACGUGAACGAAUUUAAUCACCGGGCCAAAAAACGUAUCAAGGAGGUUAAGAAGAAAGCUAGGCCAGAACUUAACACCAAGGAGUCUUGGACCCAACAUCGCUAUGCUGACGAUUUCGAACAGUACUGGGAAUUCGAAGACAACUGCCCAAGGAUCACUGAAUCUCUUUGCUCCAUCAGGGAGUUCAUUUCAAACUUCGAGCUACCCUCGAAACCCGUCGUUAUUCUGGGCUGCCAAGAUACAUGGCAAGCAAAAAGGAAAUGGACCCUCGAGAAACUCGCCAAGAAAUAUAGGAAUCAAAAAUUCAAGUGUGGGGAGGAUAACGAAGGUUAUAGCGUCAAAAUGAAAAUGAAAUAUUAUAUACAUUAUAUGCUCAAGACUAAAGAUGAUAGCCCAUUGUAUAUUUUUGAUAGCAAUUUUGGUGAACAUGAACGUCGUAGAAAACUUUUAUUAGACUAUGAAGUUCCUAUUUAUUUUCGAGAUGAUCUGUUCAAAUACACUGGUGAAAACAAGCGUCCACCAUAUCGUUGGUUUGUAAUGGGUCCAGCUCGUUCAGGAACAGGAAUUCACAUAGACCCCUUAGGAACAAGCGCAUGGAACGCGCUUAUAACCGGUCAUAAACGUUGGUGUUUAUUUCCAACAAAUACUCCAAAAGAAUUAUUAAAAGUAACUGGUAUAAUGGGAGGUAAACAAAGAGAUGAGGCAAUAACUUGGUUUAAUUUGAUUUAUCCACAAACGAAAGAACCAUCAUGGCCGGAUGAUUGUAAACCAAUAGAAAUCUUACAAAAACCGGGUGAAACGGUUUUUGUCCCUGGCGGUUGGUGGCACGUCGUUUUAAAUUUAGAUACGACAAUUGCAGUCACUCAAAACUUUUGUAGUCGUACGAAUUUCCCGGUUGUUUGGCACAAAACGGCACGUGGGCGUCCGAAACUUUCUCAAAAAUGGUUGAAGAUGCUGCGGGAAAAAGAGCCACGUUUGGCGAUGUUGGCUGAUAGAGUUAAUUUAGAAGAACCAUCGGGGGUGGCUUCAGAUAGUUCGAGUAAUUCGUCGAGUUCUAGUUCGGACACCGAAAAUGGGGGUGGAUCGAAUUCGGAAAAUGAUGACAGCGGCCAAGAAUCGUUAACGGCGAAAAAGAAAAGGAGGAAAUCGGAUUCAGAUUCCGGUAGAAAUCGUAAGGCGGUUCGGAGAUACAGUAACGAUUCGGCGAUGUCCUGGGUAAACGAUCAACGCACCACGUCUGCAUCGCCGCAAUGCGCUGAAAUCAACUCGACCACGGGUUCGUAAGUAUCUGGUGUACAAAAAAAUUUAAAGAUCCUUGUUCCAAGAUUUCCUCCCUUAUUCCCAUAUAGUUACCAACGGCCCCUCCUUGAAAACUUUUAUAUUUUCUUACUUUUGCAAGUGUACAUGAGAUACAAGAACACCUUUUUUAAUAUUUAUAUGGAAAAAUUAUACAUAUACAUAUAUUAUAUAUAUUUAAAGAAAAAUGAAAAGUAUUUUAAUAAUAUGAAUAGCCUAAUUGUUGGCACGCCCAAAAAAGAUUUUUUUUGGCGUGUUUAGGGAAAAAAUUAAUUUUAUUUGAUCGUUUGUUAUCCAUUUAUUAUUAUUAUCUACUAUUGAUUACUUAAUUAAUUUGGUUGUUAGAUUUUUUGUUUGUUAUUGGCCCCUUUUGUCCCGCUCACAACUCUUCCACUAACACCUCAUCACAUAUUCGCAUCCUUCCCUCCCUUAGACAAAUUUUCUUUUAUAUAAUGUGAUCUACGAUAGUGCCUAAAUUUGUACGAAAAAUAAAAAGAAUCGUAUCCUAUAGUUGACAAGACUUACAGUCGCGUAAUAGAUUUCGGGCGGCAGUAUCCCGUUGUUGUGCCAAUCAGGACCAUUUUUUUUUAGAUAAAUCUUAUUAAUUUUAUUUUGGUCCCAUCGUGUUAACCGCCGCCCGAAGCCUGUUCGCUAUCAAGCAGGGAUAACUUAAUUUUCAAUCAAUAAAAAGUAUUAUAUUAUUUAAGCUAGGAACUAAGGAUAGGAGGAAAA